UGGUUUUAGGGAGGAUAGGGCUGGUUUUAGGGAGGAUAGGGCUGGUUUUAGGGAGGAUAGGGCUGGUUUUAGGGAGGAUAGGGCUGGUUUUAGGGAGGGUAGAGCUGGUUUUAGGGAGGAUAGGGCUGGUUUUAGGGAGGAUAGGGCUGUUUUUGGGGAUGUUAGGGCUGGUUUUGGGGAUGAUAGGGCUGGAUUUAGGGAGGAUAGGUCUGGAUUUAGGGAGGAUAGGUCUGGAUUUAGGGAGGAUAGGUCUGGAUUUAGGGAGGAUAGGUCUGGAUUUAGGGAGGAUAGGUCUGGAUUUAGGGAAGAUAGGGCUGGUUUUAGGGAUGUUGGGGCUGGUUUGGGGGAGGAUAAAUCUGGAUUUAGGGGUGUUAGGUCUGAUUUUGGGGAGGACAAAUCUAGAUUUAGGGAUGUUAGGUCUGGUUUUGCAGAGGAUAAAUCUGGCUUUAGGGAUGUUAGGGCUGGAUUUGGGGAGGAUAGGUCUGGUUUUAGGGAGGAUAGGUCUGGAUUUAAGGAUGAUAGGUCUGGUUUUAGGGAGGAUAGGUCUGGAUUUAGGGAUGAUAGGUCUGGGUUUGGGGGGGAUAAAUCUGGAUUUGGGAUGUUAGGGCUGGUUUCAGAGAAGGACACAGGGACUGGAGAAGGACCCGGGAUUGGAACAGGAGGACGAAGGGACUGGAGAAGGACCCGGGAUUGGAAUGAAAGGACAGGGGACUGGAGAAGGACCCGGGAUUGGAACAGGAGGACGAAGGGACUGGAAAAGGAUCCGGGAUUGGAAUGAAAGAACACGGGGACUGGAGAAGGACCCGGGAUUGGAACAGGAGGACACAGAAACUCGAAAAGGAAGGGCCAGGAAGGGAGCAGGAGCCGCCGGUGCCUCCGCAUUCCAGGGGAGCUGCCGAGGGAAGGAGGGAAGGGCCGGGGAGGGAGCGGGAGCUCAUCCCGGGAGCCGGCGCUGUCCCCGGGUGACAUCAGCGGGCCCGCCCUGCCCGGCCCAGGGCACCUCCCGCCGCUGGAAUUCCCUCCCCGCCCGCCUCAGCUCCCACCCUCCGCUCCGCCACUCCCUCCCCUCCCAAAUCCAUCCCUCCCUUGGUUUGUUUUCCCCCUUUUUCCCCCCCGUCCGUCCCGUCCCGUCCCGUCCCCGGGCAGGAGCCGCGUCCCGGCUCAUGACGAACCCGAGCUCAGCCUUUGCCGGCGGCUCCCUGAGCUCGGCUCGGGGCAUGAGCCGGGCUCGGGCCGCGGGUCCCGACGAGGCGGCGACCCCCGAGGGUCCCCCCCGGACCCCCCUGGGCACGGCCGGGCCGCUCCGGGCCCCCCCCGCCCCGAGCCUGGCCGUGGAUCCGGAAUUGCAGGAGCUGCGGCGGCAGGAGAAGGACGAGAUCAAAGCGCUCAACAACCAGUUCGUGACGCUCAUCGAGAAGGUGCAGGACCUGGAGCAGCAGAACAAGGUGCUGACCACGAGGUGGAACUUCCUGAAGGAACAGGACAAUUCCCAGUCGGACGCCGACGUCCGGGCCAUCUACGAGCAGUUCAUGGGCAGGAUGAGCCAGGAGAGGAAGGCCCUGAGCCUGGAGCAGGAAAACCUGGAGCGGGAGCUGGAGAAGGUGCUCGGCACCAUGGACGCCUUCCGCAGCAAGUACGAGGAUGAAAUCCGGCUCUGCAGUGGGAUGGAAUUCACCUUCAUGGAGCUCAAAAAGGACCUGGAUGUGAGCACCCUGCACCGCACGGAGCUGGAGGUGAAGCUCAAGGGGCUCCAGGAGCUGAUGGAGCUCAAGAAAUCCAUCUACGAGCAGGAGCUGCAGGAGCUGCUGUCGGAGCUCCAGGACAUCUCGGUGGUCCUGGGCAUCGACCCCUCGUGCCGCGUGGACCUUUCCCGCAUCGUGGAGGACGUUCGGGCCCAGUACGAGAGCCUGGCCCGGCACAGCUGGCACGAGGCAGAGGCUCUCUCCAGGAGGAAGCUGAGCGAGGGCCAUUCCCAGGCCGGGACGUUCGGGGGGCACCUCCUGGAGAGCCGGAGGGAGAUCGCGGAGCUCAACAUCCGCAUCCAGAAACUGCGCUCGGGAAUCGUGUCCCAGAGGAGCCAGUGCCUGUUCCUGGAGGAGCACAUCCGGGAGGCGGGCGAGCAGGGGGAGGCGGCGCUCCGGGACGCCAAGGCCAAGCUGGUGGGGCUGGAGGAGGCCCUGCAGAGGAACAAGGAGCGCGUGGCCCAGCUGGUCAAGGAGCACCAGGAGCUCAUGAACAUCAAACUGGCCCUGGACGUGGAGAUCCUCACCUACAGGAAGCUCAUGGAAGGGGAGGAGAGCAGCCUGGAGCAGCCCAUCCCCGCCGUCAUCAGCGCCGUCCGCUCCCGGCCCAGGCCCCUCUCCGCCAGCGCCCGGUGCCAUUCCCGGCUUUUUGCCGGAGCGGGGCAGGGAAUUCCCGGCUCUUCGCCCAACGGAGGCGGCACAAAGACCCUCCGGGGGGCCCAGUGACCCUCCCAGGGACCUCCUGGGCUCGGAUUCCACCGGGGAAGAUCCUCAAUGGGAAGAUCCUCACCCUGAGAAGCACUUGGAAACACCUGGAAACACUUGGAAACACCUGGAAACACCUGGAAACACCUGGAAAGCCCUUGGUCCCACAUUCCGGCCUCCCGAGGGAUGAGGAUCCCGCGGGUCCCUGUCCCCACCCCCACCCUGCUCCAGCAGAACCCACCCGGCACCUCCGGGAAUGUCCUGUUCCCAUCCCCAUCCCAGGACCUCCGGGACUCUCCCAUUCCCAUUCCCAUUCCCAUUCCCAUCCCAGGACCUCCAGGACUCUCUUGUUCCCAUCCCAGGACCUCCGGGACUCUCCCAUUCCCAUUCCCAUUCCCAUCCCAGGACCUCCAGGACCGUCCCAUUCCCAUUCCCAUUCCCAUCCCAGGACAUCCAGGACUCUCCCAUUCCCGUUCCCAUCCCCAUCCCAGGACUUCCAGGACUCUCCUGUUCCCAUCCCAGGACCUCCAGGACCGUCCCAUUCCCAUUCCCAUCCCAGGACCUCCGGGACUCUCCCAUUCCCAUCCCAUUCCCACCUUUCCCUGGGGAUUUGCAGCCGCCCCGGGAAUGUCCUGGGGGAGGAGGGGGAGGGUCCUUCCCCCACUUUGUCCCUUUCCCGGUGUCCCCAACCCCUCCUCCUGCUCCCAGAGGUGCUCCCUGCUGUGGUUUUCCAAGGAAAACACCGUCCAGCUUUCCCAGCCAGAGGGAAUCACUCUCCCAGGGGGAUUUGUCCCCCCCGGAUUCCCAACUCCAGGCAAUCCUUGGGAUUGUCCAGCCCUUGGGAGGCCCCUCAUCCCUUCCCUCCGGAGCUGAAAUCCUCCCCGCUGGGAUUUGGGAUUUUCCUGCUCCCUCUCCCUCUCCAGGUGCUCCAGACCCCACACAAACUGUCCAAAAAUUGGGAUAUUGGUUUCCAUUUAGCAGGAAUUCCUAAAACCUCGGGAUGGGUUGGAUUGGGAGCGACCUUAAAGGCCCUCAAAGCUCCUCCCAUCCCACCUUUCCACGGGCAGGGACAUUUUCCACCCUCCCGGGGGCCUUGGACGCUCCCAAGGGAUGGAGAAUCCUCUGGGAAAUCCAUUCCCACCCUCCCGGGGAGGAAUUCCUUCCUAAAAUCCAAUCCAGAGCUCCCCAAAAAGCUGGAAAAUCCCCCCCGUGUUUGUAUUUAUUGAUCUUCCCCCGGGAUUGACCCUUCCCUGGAUCCCACCCCGGCCCAUCCCGAGGCUCCAAAGCUCCUGGAGCUCCCUGGAGGUGCCACAUUCCCACCCCAGGUCGGUUUGGGGACAUUCCCGUGGCCUCUGGCACAGCCCAUCCCAAUAUCCCGCAGGAUUUCCCUUCCCAGCUCCAGGCACGCAGCCCCCUGGAAUUCCCGGAUUCCCGCCCGCAUUCC